AUGCUCGAACACGAACUUCCCAAUUGGAUAUGCCAGUUACCACAGGUUGAGGAAAGAUGGGGUGCGCUCACUCAGACACUCGAAGGCCAUAUAGGAGUGAACUCAGUGGCCUUCUCGUCCGACGGCCGCCUACUAGCGUCCAGCUCUAGUGUUCACCGAGUGCACCUCUUGGACCCGGCGAUAGGUGCGCUCACGCAGACCCUCGAAGAUAAGUCAGGAGUGACCUCAGUGGCCUUCUCCUGCGACGGUCUACUAGCAUCCGGCUCGACUGAUUAUACAGUGCGCCUCUGGGACCCGGCGACGGGCUCGCUCACCCACACUCUCGAAGGCCAUUCAAUUUCAGACCCGACGACGGGCGUGCUCUCCUACACUCUCGAAGGACCUUCAAGUUCAGUGAACUCGGUGGCCUUCUCCUCAGACGGCCGACUAGCGUCCAGCUCUAAUGAUAUGUCUGUCCGGCUCUGGGACUCAUCAACGGGCGCGCUUAUCCAUAUCCUCGAAGGCAAUUCACGUAUAGUAAGAUCGGUGGCCUUCUCUCCCAACGGCCACCACCUAGCAUCCGGGUAUGAUGAUCGGACAGUCCGCCUGUGGGACCCGGCAGCGAGGGCGCUCACCCAGAAUCACGAAUAUCAUUCAAGUGUAGUAAGAGCUUUGGCGUUCUCGCCUGACGGCCGCCUCCUAGUGUCUGGCUCUAGUGACGGUUCACUCCGUAUCUGGGAUCCGACAACGGGUGCACUCAUGCAGACCCUCGAAGGCCGUUUAAAGGGUAUGUGGUCCACGGCUUUCUCUUCCGACGGCCUACUAGCGUUUGGCUGUGCUGAUAGGUUAUUGCGCGUCUGGAACCUAGCGACGGGGGCGCUCACCCACACCCUCAAAGGUCAUUUAGGCUCAGUGAUAACGUUGGCCUUCUCGCCCGACGGCCGCCUACUAGCUUCCGGGUCUAAUGAUUGGACAGUCCGCCUCUGGGACCUAGUGACAGGGUUGCUCACCCAUACUCUUGAAGUCAAUUCGCAGGAUGUGUGGUCCGUGGGCUUCUCGCCCGACAGCCGCUUACUAGCAUCCGGCUCUGGUGAUGGGUUAGUGCGUCUCUGGGACCGGGUGACGGGCGCGCUGAUCCAAACUCUACAGUUUGAAGAACGAGCCACUGCACUCGAAUGUUUCCAUGACGGUUUAUAUGUUCACACCAACCUUGCUUCCUGGGAGUACGAAUAUUUUGGUUGA